GUUUUCCUCAGCAUGUUAUUGCUUCUCUGUCUGAUCAAGAUGCAAAGCCAUCCUUCAGCAUGGCGCAACUGGAAAACAGCACUGAGCCGGGCCUUACACUGGGUGGAUAUUUCUGUCCCCAGUGCAGAGCCAAAUACUGUGAACUUCCUGUGGAAUGCAAAGUCUGUGGCCUUACCUUAGUGUCUGCACCUCACCUGGCUCGGUCUUACCAUCACUUGUUUCCUUUGGAUGCCUUUCAGGAAGUCCCCAUGGAAGAAUACCAGGGGGAAAGGUGUUGUCAAGGCUGCCAGGGAGAAAUGAAGGAUCAAAAUGUUUACGUAUGUAAAGUGUGUCAGAAUGCGUUCUGCGUGGAAUGCGAUUUGUUUAUUCAUGACACUCUGCACUGCUGUCCUGGCUGUAUUCACAAGCACCCGGCUCCCCUAUCCAUAUGA